AUGCAAUCGCUCCGUCUCACUACGCCUACACUUCGCUCAGCUACGCGCGCCUUGUCGAUGCGCAUGUACUCCACUGGCUCGGACGCGCCUGCUGGCUCGAUCGCUAGGAGCAAGGGCUGGAACACUCGUGAGAAGGCUCAGGAGGACCAAUACAUUAUCCAGCACGAGAAGGAGAAGCUUGAGAAGCUCCGUGAGUCGAUGCACAAGCAGCAGAAGCUUGUCGACGACCUCUCGAAGCAAGAGAAGUCUGAAUCGAAGCCCUAA